CUCAGACUUCCAGGAACUAAGGCGGAUUAACCGGGCAGACUGUACCCAGGGUAGACACUCUGUUCCCGGGGACAGGCAGACGGGAGCGUCCCUCUGAGUCUUUAGUCUGGUUGAUCGGUGGCAGGAGCUGAGGGGUCCUCUGUGGGCAACUAGUCUGAACUGGAAGGAUCAGUUCCCUGUUUAUUAUCUGACGUGAUGGAGCUGCUCAGAACCUGGGGAUUAUUUUCAUGAAAGAAGAAGGAGGAAGUAUUUCUAUUCAGGAUUUAUCACGUGUUGUUUUUUUAAACUUACUUUGGAUUAUUCAGAGGAAGACAGCAUGAGAAGGAGGAAAUCCCAAAUGAGCUGCUGUGUCACAUACGCCGAGUUUGUGUAUUGGGAUCAGAGAAAUGUGUGUGUGGUCUGCACGUAGCUCCACAGACUGUGUGUGUUUGUGUGCGUUGUGAGGCAGUCUGUUAGUUUGUGACUCAGCAAGUCCGUGCUUGCUGGUGAAGGAACACUCUACCCCAGAUACCUCACAUAACUGUGUGUGUCUCUGUGUGGAGAUAAGAGCAGGUGCUGACGUAACACACACACACACACACAUACACACUCUGGUCAUUCCUUUAUAUAUAAAAUUGUUGUUGGAGGACUGGCUGUAGGACAGUUUCUGCUCCUUAGUGGAGUCUCAGUGCUCAGGAUGUGUUUGACGCACAGAUGAGUCGAUGCAGUCCGGUGGAUUAUUAAAGAUUACAGCUGAGCCUUUUGUCCCGGGACACAAGAUGAAGAGGAGGAAGGAGCGAGCAGGAGCCCCACACCUCCGCCUCCAAAUCUGGUCGCCGGCUCAGCUGCGUUGCCACGGCAACAGCAGCCUCCUCCAGCACCUGCUGUCCCCCACUUCCUUUCAUCCCUCUGUCGUUCAGCCCCCUGUCAUCACCCUCUCUCCCUCCUCUUCCUCCUCCUCCUCCUCUCCCUCCCUCUGUUCCUCUGACGGCCCACUGUCAGCCCCUGUUCACCAGCGAGGAAACCCCUUCCUCUGGAGUUGUCGAACGAGCAACAGGAAGAGUCUGAUUGUGACGUCCAGCACCUCCCCCACCCUACCACGACCACACUCACCUCUGCACGGACACACAGGUACCAGCCCACUGGACAGUCCUCGCAACUUCUCCCCCAACACAGCUGCACACUUCUCCUUUGUUCCUGCACGCAGUCACGGACACAGGGCUGACAGGACGGAUGGUAGACGCUGGUCUCUGGCCUCAUUGCCUUCCUCUGGCUAUGGCACCAACACUCCCAGCUCCACUGUCUCGUCCUCCUGUUCAUCUCAGGAGAAGCUGCACCAGCUGCCGUUCCAGCCCACACCGGACGAGCUGCACUUCCUCACCAAACAUUUCAGCUCUGAGAGCAUCACAGACGAGGAGGGACGCCGCUCCCCCGCCAUGAGACCGCGAUCUCGCAGCCUCAGCCCCGGGCGCUCGCCUGUCUCCUUUGACCAUGAGAUUGUGAUGAUGAACCAUGUGUACAAGGAGAGGUUCCCCAAGGCGACUGCUCAAAUGGAGGAGCGUCUGGCUGAGCUGCUGUCCUCCUCGGCCCCGGAUAAAGUGUGCCCGCUGGCCGAUGGGGUCCUGAGCUUCAUCCACCAUCAGCUGAUAGAGCUGUCCAGAGACUGCCUGGAGAAAAGCAGAGAGGGCCUCAUCACCUCCCGCUAUUUCUACGAGCUCCAGGAAAACCUGGAGAAGCUGCUGCAAGAUGCUCAUGAGCGCUCAGAGAGUGUGGAGGUUACCUUCGUCACACAGCUCGUCAAGAAGCUGAUGAUCAUCAUCGCCCGGCCUGCGCGUCUGCUCGAGUGUCUGGAGUUUGAUCCUGAGGAGUUCUACCACUUGUUGGAAGCAGCAGAGGGCCAUGCCAAGGAGGGCCAGGGCAUCAAGUCCGACAUCCCCAGAUACAUCAUCAGCCAGCUGGGCCUCACCAGGGACCCCCUGGAGGAAAUGGCCCAGCUGAGCAGCUAUGACAGCGGGAACCCAGAAACCCCAGAGACUGAUGACUCAGUGGAUAGCCGAGGAACCACAGUCCCAGCAGCUCCACCACAGACCAAAACCAAAACACCCAGAGAGGAAGACUUUGAAAACAUCAAGCUCAUCAGUAACGGAGCCUAUGGUGCCGUGUUUCUGGUGCGGCACAAAGAGACCCGGCAGCGUUUCGCCAUGAAGAAGAUCAACAAGCAGAACCUGAUCCUGAGGAACCAGAUCCAGCAGGCCUUUGUGGAGAGAGACAUCCUGACAUUCGCUGAGAACCCGUUUGUUGUCUCCAUGUUCUGUUCCUUUGAGACCAGGAGGCACCUCUGCAUGGUGAUGGAGUACGUGGAGGGUGGAGACUGUGCCACACUGCUGAAGAAUAUUGGAGCUUUGCCGGUCGACAUGGCUCGUAUGUACUUUGCUGAGACUGUCCUUGCAUUGGAGUAUCUUCACAAUUAUGGCAUCGUACACAGAGAUCUCAAACCUGACAAUCUUCUGAUCACAUCCAUGGGACACAUUAAGCUGACGGACUUCGGUCUCUCAAAGAUCGGUUUGAUGAGUUUGACCACAAACCUGUAUGAAGGACAUAUCGAGAAAGACACCAGAGAGUUCCUAGAUAAACAGGUGUGUGGCACUCCAGAAUACAUCGCCCCAGAGGUCAUCCUGCGUCAGGGCUACGGGAAGCCGGUGGACUGGUGGGCAAUGGGAGUGAUCCUGUACGAGUUUCUGGUGGGCUGCGCUCCCUUCUUCGGAGACACACCGGAGGAGCUGUUUGGUCAGGUCAUCAGCGAUGAAAUCAUCUGGCCAGAGGAAGAUGAAGCUCUGCCUCAGGACGCUCAGGACCUCAUCUCCAAACUGCUGAGACAGAAUCCACUGGAGAGGCUGGGCACAGGAAGUGCCUUUGAGGUGAAGCAGCACCCGUUCUUCACAGAGCUGGACUGGAACAGCCUGCUGAGGCAGAAAGCCGAGUUCAUCCCCCAGUUGGAGUCUGAAGACGACACCAGUUACUUUGACACUCGUUCCGAUCGGUACCACCAUGUGGAUUCAGAGGAGGAAGAUGACACCAACGAUGACGAACACGUGGAGAUCCGACAGUUCUCCUCCUGCUCGCCUCGCUUCAGCAAGGUGUACAGCAGCAUGGAGCGUCUGUCUCUGCACGAGGAGAAGAGGACUCCUCCUCCCACCAAACGCAGCCUCAGUGAGGAGGGAGGAGAUCGUAUCGACAGCCUGAGUGGACUCAAGUCCAGAGAUCGAUCCUGGCUGGUGGGAUCUCCAGAGAUCCUGAGGAAGCGUCUGUCUGUUUCGGAGUCGUCCCACACAGAGAGUGACUCCAGCCCACCUCUGACAGUCCGGAGGCGCUGCUGCUCCGCCAUCAUUGAGAUGCCACGCUUUGCCAUCUCCUCUGAGGAGGAAGGAGGUCAAGGACAAGGUGCUGCUGGAAGUCGUAAGAGUCCCAGCCUGCUGGGCCCGAGUGCAGUGAGGGGCCCACGGAGCGAUGAGCUGCCCCUCGCCAUCCCAGAGCUCCCAGUGGAGAGGGAGCUGAAACUGGACGAGUCUCCCACCACCCCGAGCUCCACCUGCAGUCAGCUGAGCAAGGCCACUCUGACACCGGGCAGCUCAGGCGAUGUGUGUGAACGUGGCAAUGGCGGUAAUGGUGGUGCCAGUGGAGCCGCUAAAGGUGCGGCAGACAGCGACUCUCCAGCGACUCCAAAAGCCAUCAGUGACCUGGCGGCUCGCAGGGCUCGCCACCGGCUGCUUUCUGGAGACACAGACAAACACACAACGACUCCGAGCUCCAGACCGCUCAACAAGGUCAUCAAAUCGGCCUCCGCCACCACACUGUCACUGAUGAUCCCCGCAGACCACCACGGAGCCUCGCCACUGGCCAGCCCAAUGUCACCCCACUCACUGUCGUCCAAUCCAUCAUCUCGAGACUCCUCUCCGAGCCGGGACCUGUCCCCGGCGGUGAGCAGCGCCAAACCCGCCAUCGUGAUCCACAGAGCGGGCAAGAAGUACGGCUUCACCCUGAGGGCGAUCAGAGUCUACAUGGGAGACUCUGACAUCUACACCGUGCAUCACAUGGUCUGGCAUGUGGAGGAGGGUGGUCCGGCCCACGAGGCGGGGCUGAGGGAGGGAGACCUCAUCACACACGUCAACGGAGAGCCGGUCCAUGGUCUGGUUCACACCGAGGUGGUGGAGCUCAUACUGAAGAGCGGUGCUAAAGUGUCUAUCUCUGCCACCCCGUUCGAGAACACGUCCAUCAAAGUCGGCCCUGCCCGAAAGACAAGCCACAAAUCCAAGAUGGCGAGACGCAACAAGAAGACCAAGAACAAGGAGGGCCAGGACAGUAAGAAGAGAACAUCUCUGUUCAGGAAGAUCACCAAGCAGGCGUCUCUCCUCCAUACCAGCCGCAGUCUGUCCUCUUUGAACCGCUCCCUGUCCUCAGGGGAGAGCGGCCCCGGCUCGCCAACACACAACCUGUCACCACGGAGCCCCACGCAGGGCUACAGGUCCACGCCAGACUCUGCCCACUCAGUUGGUGGAAACUCGUCCCAGAGCAGCUCCCCCAGCUCCAGCGUCCCAAAUUCCCCGGCGAGCUCUGGCCACAUCCGGCCCAGCUCCCUGCACGGCCUCGCCCCGAAGCUCCAGCGCCAGUACCGCUCUCCCCGACGCAAGUCUGCCGGCAACAUCCCCCUCUCCCCUCUGGCACGAACGCCUUCACCCACACCUCAGAGCAGCUCACCACAGCGCUCUCCCUCUCCGCUGCCCAGCCAUGCUCUGGGCCAGUCUGCUGCUGGCCAGUCGUUCCCUGUGAAGCUCCACUCCUCCCCUCCCCUGGUGAGGCAGAUAUCCAGACCCAAGAGCGCCGAGCCUCCACGCUCUCCGCUCCUCAAGAGGGUGCAGUCAGCUGAGAAACUGGCUGCCUCCCUCUCUGGCUCCCCCUCGUCUCCCUCUGGGGUGGCAGCAGCGGGGGAGAAGAAGCUGGCCGUGGGAGCAGCUGUGGGGAGUCGUAAACACAGCCUGGACAUCUCACAUUCGGAGUUUAAGAAGGAAAUUCUGCAGCGGGAGCCGAGCCUGCAGAGUCUUCAGGAAUCAGCCAGCGAGGGCCUGCUGUCCUCAGCAGGACGAGGCGUGGAGAAGGGCAGCCUGCAGAAACACUCCUCUUCUAGGAAGUUAGGGCGUCAGGAAGGGGACAGUGCCCUCAUCGCGGUGUCCGGCUCGCUGGGUCUGGCCCCCGGGAAGAGCAAACUGAAGGACAAACUAUCGGCCAUCCGGCAGGACAGAGCCGAGCGGAGGGAGUCGCUGCAGAAGCAAGACGCCAUACACGAGGUCGAUUCAUCUGAGGACGAGACAGAUGAGGGCUCAGAGGACAGCCAGGACGGACGCAGGGGGGCGACCUUCACCCCUCCUCCCCUGCUGAGGCCCACCACUGUGAGAACAGGCCCUGGAGGCACUCUGCCAUCCCUCUGCCUUUCCCCCUGUACCCCUCAUGCUACAUUCACCCACACAGGGCCCUCACAGGCAGGCAGGUCCACUCCCACACAAACCCUCCCUUUGGUCACAGAGAGAAAGCCCAGUCAGAGCACCUCCUCCCCUGGACUAAAAGACAGAAGCUCUGCCUCAUCCACAGAAGAUGGUGUACAAGAAGAGAGGAAGGUUCAGGAGCACAGCGGUACCACAAAAACCACUCAGGGCCCCCUUCCCUUCUCCACUCCAGGCAGUGCAUUCAUCUCAGUCAGCAAAGACACUUUUCUUAAGCCGGCUUCUCCACAAGACUCGAAGAGCGUGAGGGGUAAAACUGGUCUGUCAGAGUCCAGGGUUGAAGACCGAACUCUGGACAGCCCUAGAACCACAAUCCCAUCUACCACAAUCACUACAAGCACUCCUGACCACAGAACAACCACAAGUACUACAGACUGCCAAGCCACUGACAGCCGAGAGACAGCCCGCACCUCCUGCUCCUCUCCAGGCAUCUCCAAGGAGAAGAAAGAGGCAGACAACCGGAGACUAUGUGCAGCUGCUGCUGCUGCAAGUCUGAGCACAUCGUCGUCAUCAUCCACUUCCAGCUCCAACUCAAGUUCAAGCUCCCCAGUUCCGCCCCCUGAGAGUGGCGUGGACAAAGUGGUGUCCCAGCUGGCGAUAGUAGCUAAGAGCGUUCUUGGUCCUGUCAAACUCAGCACAGCUGCAGACAAGAGCCAGAAGGACCAGAAACCAUCCAGAGGUGGCAUCCCAGAAGUCCCACCAACUGACCCUCUUUCAUUUCCCUCCAAACAGCUUCCGACCCCUCAGUCGCCUCACCUUUCAGAGUCCCCAACCAGACAGAAAACUGAGCGAGUUGCUUCACCCACCACCUCGCAGAGAUUGGCCAAAACCUCAACCCAAAAAGACUUCCUAGCCCCAGCACCGCCAUCCUGUAAGGAUGUCCCAGAAAGACCCACAUCAGGGUCUGCAGGUAGGGAGAACGCGUCCACCUUUUCAUCCGCACAGCGGCUGGGUGCAGCAGCAGCAGCUCAGCCCAUCCUUCACACGAGCCUCCCCACCUCUGCAUCUGAGCCACAGCGCAGGAGGUCUGAACCCCAGACGACAGCCGCCGCCGCCAACGCCACGUCCACCUCCUCGCAGCAAGACAAAGCAACCAGCAAGAAGACGUAGCAGCAAGAACCAGAACAAAAUGUACAGAUCACACCACUCAGUGCUGGCUUGGUUUUAAGACUCACACAAACUGCAUGUUUGGAAGAAAACAACAUAUUAGUAACUUCGCACUUACCAGAGAGUUUGACCUUCACAGCAACAGAAAGGUGUAGAGAGAGACAGAGAGCUAUCAGAAGCAGAGACAGAUGUGGUAGCCCUAGUUCCAUUCCAGCUGUUCUGUGCUGUUUUUGUUCGUGUGAGUUAUUUUGGUGUCCUGACGCUUUGGUUCCUGCUUUAAGACUAAACGCCACAAGAUAAGGCGUCGGCGUUCCCUCUCUUCCUGCAGACGUGAAAGGGGCUAGAAAUAAAGAGCUCAGUGGUCCGUGCACAUACAAUUUUAGAGGUGUAGAAACAUUACACUCAACUUUCUCACCCAUGGUCUUCGUCUGCUGCCUCAUUAUCUUUCACCUUGAUGUUCAGUAGAGCCUGCACCCGUGUUCCUCACAGUUCAGGCCGUGUUUUACCGAACACACUUUCUUUCCUUGCCCAACAACGUCCACUCAGCCGUGACUGGAAAAAGAUUGUAUCUCAGCAAUAAAGUCCAGCGUAUGUUUAGCAGUCUGUGUAAAUGCAUUACCGUGUGUUUAAUAGGAGUAAAUCUGCACCGUCAAUGAACACUCAGCACCCAGCUAACUUAGCCAAAUUCAAUUCUCCUCUCGCUGUACUCCCUGAUGAUCCGACUCUGCAGGUCUUGUGAAGGGGCGAUGUAUUCCCCGAGCACAGGCUCCAGGCGUGGUUCAGCAAUGUGAAGAGAUUCGUUUGAAUGCCAUCGUUGCGUUAGAUAAGGUUUGUGUGGAUGCAUCAAAUGGUGGAGACGUGAAAGGUGCAGCCAGGCACAGAACUGGAAUGAAUGAAUCUACAGUUUAAAUCCCAGAUUCAAAGAUGUAUUUAUGAGAUGCAGACUUUCCCAAAUCAGUCUGAACUCUCGACCUUCGCCUUGACAACAGGCUUGAUGUAGCAGAGUUAGUUUCAGUUCUCUCCAAGUUAAAUUUCAAAUAUCUGGAAACCACUGACUGACUGCCUGGAAAGUAGGGAGCUUUAUGUGAUGCCUCUGUCAGCAGAGUCAGACCAGGCUUACCUGGUGUGUUUUAACUCACAGCUUCGCCUGUGUUUUAGGUCCAAACACAUCCAGUCAUGAAGCCAAAGAUUUAAACAAUUUCCUGACUUUACACAGACUCUCGGCUGGAGUGAAGGAUCCAACCUGACUGGGAUAGUUUUAGAGACACUGCUCUGUCGGACCACCACCUUUUUAUUUCUGGCCCCAUCAGCCUCUGGAGGCUGCAGUAGUUUUAUUUGGUAUCUGGACCAACUUGCUGUGUUUUUGCCUCUAAUCCUGUAAAGUUGUCCGACUUUACAUUGUGUGAGUGUGUGUGAGAGGGAGAGAGCGUUUGUUAGUUUGUGCAUGGUUAUGUAUAUAUAUAUGAGUAUUUAAAGUUCUGUUGUGCAUCUGUUUUAUACCUUGAGUGUGAGAGUGAGAGUGUGUGCGUGUGUGUGUUUUAGGGUUAACGCUGUUCAGGACUCCCUGCUACCUGUGUAUGUGUGCUGAGCUCUCUACAUGUCUGUGUUGGGCGUCACGUUUGGCACAAAUCCUUUACGUCAUUUGUCUGAUAAAAAAGACUAAAACUCACUAAAAGCGAAGCUGGUACAGACGUUUGACCACUGACUGCCGUGUGUGGAGUUGCAGCUCAGUUCUAUUGUUGCUUCAGUAGGUAAAAACAAAAUGCAGUUAGCCUGUUAAAUUCAGUUCCACCUGUUUUUUUGUGUUGUUUUGUUGUUGUUGUUUUUUUAAUAUGCCACCUCUAUUUUCCUUUGUUUCCUUCUGUGUUGUCCUGACGACAUCUUUGAUUCCUACUGUACGUUUGUUUCAACAGUUUUUAUUUUGUUUUUUGGGGUUUUUUUUUUUUUGGUUUGGUUUGAGUCAUAUUUUGAAGAAAGUCACCUCUUUAAAUUCACACCGAGCCCCGACCCAGGUGUGAGUCCACUCGCGUUGUACAUUUAAACGUUGCCUGCAGGCUGACGUUGUCGUGCUGAGUUUUAGAUGAACUAAACCUCCCUCAGUGUUUUGUGUCUUUAACGACAGCAGAGUUCACAGAUUCCAGUUUAAUUACGAGCCUACUGGCUCAUUUAAAGGACACUGUUAAACUGACAUCAACACUGUCUCUGUAUUAUGUUUACAUGUUUAUUUUUUUGUGUUUUCUUUUGUUGUUGGGGUUUUUUGUUUUUUGUCAAUGGAACUUGUUGCCUGUAGCAAUCAAACCUCCUCGGGCAGACUAGGAUCAUUACCAACAACUCGUCUGUGUGUUUAGGCGACUCCUGAUCAUUGCGUGGUGUGUUAGUAUUUCGUGUGAUGAAGAGGUCGUCUGUGAUGGAGGAAGAUUCAGUGCACAUAUGUCAAAAUCAUCUCCGCUCUCAUGCACAGUGCUUGUGGUCCUGUGGCGGUGCAGGAGUGUGUUACCGGGUGUGUCUGUGGAAUAGAUCAGUGGUGCUGAGACCGGCACAGAGGAAGCAGGAGCUUUUGACCUCUUAGGAUCUGCCUGCGUUAUGCUUCGGCCAGUCGGGUGACUAACGACGUCUUUCUUUGGUGGUGUCAGACCUGAACAGAAUCGCUUUUGGUCAUUUAACCCUCUACAUUAGAUGUUAUUCAUACACAACCCAGACUCCUCGGCUCUCAGCGCGGUGUAACCAGAUGAUUGACUCAGUCUCAAUGCGCUGCUCAGAAACUUAAGAGGUGGCACGAAAAAAGCAGAGAUCAGUCUGCAGCUGAGACAUGAGUGUGAACACAGACAGAUUCAUAAACACUGAAGCUUUACAGCACACGAGGACAGAACUGUGAGGUUCAGAAAAGUUUGGCGGAGAAAACAGAGCCGGACUUUGGUUCAGAACCAGGUCCAAGGUGAUAAAAUACCAGCAUGAGAUUCUCUAAACGUAAUAACCCGAGUGUGUUUGUGUGUAAUCAUACACAGUCCAGCCCAUCUGCUCUCUGCUGGUUUUCCUAUUAAUGUUACAUGGACAGCUGCCACACACACACACACACACACACUCCCCUUCUCCUGUGUGUAAAGAUGAUGGUGCAGCCAUCUGCUGGAGAGUGAAGCAAGUGUCAGUUUUCCUGGUGGAGUCAUUAAUCUCAAGCCCUGAGCCUGUUGACCACACAUGCACACACACACACACUACCCAGCGUCCCUCUGGCUCCUCUGUCCUGUCCCGGUCAGUUCAGCAGUUACACUCAGCAUUUUGUUCGACCUCCAGCUUGUGUUUACCCAUCAUGCACCUCUGCUCCUCUGUGGCCAGGGACCACAAACCGACACACACAGCUACAGCUAUAAGUUCAUUAAACCACAAGUCAAUAGAAAAUCCAAACGCUCUGAAAGUCAGGGUUUGAGGACGUGAGCUGUGUCGUCAGGUUUUAUCGAGCACGGUUUGUUACUCAUCAGGGUUCAGAGACAUUUUUGAAAGGUUUCAAAGUUUUUGAACAGAUAAUUUACUUUGAGAAACAUUAAGAUAUUUUCCUACAAUCAACAAAGACUCUGAAGUUCUGAGAUGUUAAAUUUUGUACAAACACUUGCAUCUGUCCAACCCUCACUUUAGCCAUAAAUUAGAUUUUAAUCAGGAACCAAAAAAAUUAGGACACAAGAUUCUAAAUUUGCGGAGACAACUGAGUCAGUCAGUAACAAAAACACACAGAGCCUGUUCUUUGCACACAAGCUGAAACUCAGAGCACAGCAGAGCUCAUUAGGUUUGACCUGAAAAUGUUUAAGUAACAUCAAGCGCUUUUCAUUUAGCUCCAUCAGUUUCCUUUAAAAUAAAUCCUAAAGAAACUGAAACCCUCAGAUCCCGACUCUGGAAUUUUCCUGUUAAAGCAAAUCAGCCAGAAAUGUGAAAGUCUUUUUAGUCAGCCAAAACAACUCAACAUCAAGUUUUUCAUUGAUAAAACUCUGUAGAUACAACGCAGCUCCAUGUCGGUUUGUCCUGUUAAAACCUGUCUGCCAAGAUUUCCCCAGUCAGCAGCUGCAAACUGAGAAAAUUUUCAAUUUAAAACGACAAAUCUCUCGCUCAAGCUGAAAUACUGUCAAGAUUUUUCUGUCCCAUUGUCAAAGUUUUCUCACUGAUUAACUCAUUGGCCUGUCCUGUGGAAGACAAAUCUGUCAAAUGUGUCCACUUAUAUUUAGUAAGCUUUGUGUUGCUGAUACUGUCUGUACUUGCACUCAGAUACCAAACCUCCACUGUCUGAUUGACUGAUUAUUGUAAGUUGUGGGUUUGUCACUUAUGAGCUUCCGUACACCUCUGACUCUGAGCAGGAACAGUUUCAGUUCUGUCUCUGAGGCACAUAGAUGAUUUAAACAUGUGACUUUGGGUAUGACGAGGUACGAGGCCAAGCCUUUUUACCACUACGGCACACAGCACAUAUUCACACACACACAUACACACACACACACACACACACACACACACAUACACACGUUCUAAACCACCAUUAGAUGAGAUUCAGUGAUGUUUCAAUGUGCAGUCCGUUAAGCUUGUAUCUGUGUCUGAAGAGGCAGCAAAAACCGUCUUUUAUUGACUUGUCUCUUGCAGACAGUCGCAGUAUUUCCCAGCUGUGUGUGUUGUGUGUUUGAUGCGAUGAAGAGGAGGAGGAAGAUUCAGGCGUGCACCGUAAAAGCUUGAGAAAGACGUUAAGAGAGAGAAAAAAAAACAUUGCUAGAGUAAAACCAGUGCAAUAUCUUUUUAUUUUUUAUUGUGGUAAAAGCAUGUUGUUGUCAAUCUUACCUUACAACAAUAAUAAAGUUUUUUUUUUUUUAUGUA